AUUCACUACUGUAAGUCACUCUGGAUAAGAGUGUCUGCUAAAUGACUAAAAUGUAAAUGUAGGUAGAGUCAGGUAACUUUCACAUGUUGAGUUUCACUUUUCCUUUGAUUUAUCCUUUAUCUAAACAGGUUGUGACCUGAAAUAAAGUAAGGUGAGAAGGACAUAGCAUGGCUAACCAAUUUGUUUCUACCAUAGUCAACUUGUCGUCUUGUAUGAUCAUUUGGCAAGACAAUGAUAACAUUGUUGAGUAAAUACAGGUCCCCCAAGCUAGGCAGCCAUGUUGUAAGUAAAGGAUGUUAUUAUAGUAUUAUAAUCCUAAAUAUGGCUGCAUAAACAACACAACUGGUUCUUAAGGUGACAGUGUAUUUGAUCAAUUUUGCCAUUUUGAACAUUUACAUUUGACAUUUGCACAGCAGUAAAUCCAUCCUCAAGCAAGCGGAAAGAGAAUUGGCCCAAUCCCUGUCCUCACAAGUUGAUUCAAAAUUGUAGUUCCAUUUAAGAAACAAAUGUCCAGGGAACUGUCAAUGUAUCUCUGUGGUGACAAACGAAAACAGGGGAUGCGUCUGAAAUGUCACCCUAUUCACUAUGUAGUGGGGCCCAUAGGGCUGUGGUCAAAAGUACUGCACUAUAUAGGUCAUAGGGUGCCAUUUCAGAUACACCCAGUCUCUUCCUACUAUAGCCCCUAAUAAUUACUUGUCACAUUGACCUGCCCUGAACCAGCCUACUGAAUUUGAACAAUGAUAUUCUGUCCACUUCCACUGUUGAUAGGAUGAGGUUAUCAACGAUUCCAUUGGAGAAUACUAGUCAGCCAGCCAGUCUGUGUUAGCAUUUUUCAAAUGUCAUGCCCAAAUCAUAUGGAAAUAACUUCAAACAGCAGUGUCAUCAGAGAAUGAAUCGCGACCAAUUAAAGUCAGACUGUGUGAUGAGACUAAAUACCACCAAUGACGCGGCACCAAUGCCCCGGUGUCAUGUAAAAAAAAAAACUUCCCAGCGUGAAAUAGUUUUUAAUCAUUCUGAUCGUGUUCUGAUUGUGACGUCAUGCUGUAAAAAAAAUUCUCCCAGCGUGAAAAUGUUCCCGGUUCAAUAUUUGCACGCGCAUCUCUUUAUGUGGCUGAGCUCGUGCGUAUGUUUCUCUCACACCCUCCUUAGACCUAAAAAAAAUACUUCUGUGGGCACACGCAUUUGCUUCACACAUCUGCCAAUCAACGGUGGCCAGGAUUAUUGAUUCUGACCAAUCAGAGGUUUGUUGAGGCGUGAGGUCCCGGACUCGCGCGUGAAAUAUAUUUUUUGGCGAUUGUAAAGACUUGGGCGCUAUGUUUUCAUUUGACAGUGCAUAUAUCUGUUUGUUUGGUAGCUAAACAAAAAAAGUUAACUGCACACUUCUUAGAACAACCCAUCUCGACCAGUUUACAGCUAAUCAUGCUAGCUAGCUAAAUCAAGGGCGUGUGAGAAACAUCUGCACGAGCUCAGCCAUCCACACAGAUGCGCGUGCAAUUAUUGACCGGGAACGUUUUGACGCUGUGAAAUGUUUUACAACAUGACGUCACAAUCACAACACAAUCAGAACAAUUUCACGCUGGGAAGAUGUUUUACAUCAACCGGCAUGCCCAACCCAUCCAGGCUUUUACGUGAUUAGGACACAUCCUUAAUGCCAAGCGUGGUAUGCCAUAUUGUACACCUCCUGCAGUCAGUGUGAUUAUACUAUAGCCAUAGUCACACUACUGUAUCUUAAAUUGCCUCAGCAUCAGAUCUACCCAGAUACCAUAGUUACUCGGGAUUCCAAUAUCUAGAGUUAAUCUAGGUUAUUCAUUCAGGAAGCAGUCUCUCUGAGAUUACAUCAAUUAUACUAGCGCAGUCAAAACAUAUGUAGACAGAAUAACAAAAACAUGUACCGGGGUUCAAAAUACUCACACUGACAUCUUUAUCGAUGGGGGAAAAAGUGCAAAACAUGGAAAUUGUAUGACACUUGUACAAGUGUACAUUAUUUUUCCUUUUCCUAAAGUAGACAUUGAUUAGUCUAGAUCAGGGGCACUAAACUCUUACCCUACGAGGUCCGGAGCGUGCUGGUUUUCUGUUCUACCUGAUAAUUAAUUGCACACACCUGGUGUCCCAGGUCUAAAUCAGUCCCCGAUUAGAGGGAAACAAUGAAAGAAUGCAGUGGAACCGACUUCGAGAUGGAGAAAAUGGACUCCAGAUGUCUUUAUGUGUCUUGUGUGACAGUAGAAGGUGUUGAAUACUCCACGCUGCGUCGUUACAGCCGAGGGCUUUAUGAGGCCGCUGACCGGUGGUAAAUCUAACGAUGAUGCCUGUAUGUUUGCUCGCUCCCACUCCUCAGGAUGUCGUCCUACUCUGAUGCUGAUAAUCAGUGUCAACCGGGGGACACCGUCUGUGAGAUCACAGUGUACAAACAGGAAGUCAUCAUCGUGCCCAUCCUGCUCCUUGCGAGCUUCCUGGUCACUCUGCUAAUCGUUCUCCUGAUGAGGUGCUGCCCUGGAAAGGGAAUCCGCGGACGACCCAGCAUAAUCCUAGCCCGACCAGACAGUACCAGAAGGUUGAGCAGACACACACAGAGGCAAAGUGCCAGACAGAACCUACAGGGCAUUGAGGCUCCUCCUGAGCUGAACCCACUGGAGCAUGAGGAGUUACCUAUGAGCACUCCGACCCCGCAUGAUGCCCCAGACACCUUGUCUGCAGUACCGGAGACGCCCAGAGAGAGGCAGCAUGGCUCUUUCAACCUAGUCACUCCACUGCCCCUGUCCUUCUUUGUCAAACCGAACGACUCUGUCACCCUCUACCGGGCAAGGAUGGACAACAGAGAUGUGAUUCUACGGACACUUAAAGAGACAGCUGAUGCCAGCGAGGGCCAGUCCUUCCUGGGCUUUGCCUCCUUCCUGUCUGAGCUGGGGACCCACCCCUUCCUGCCUUGUCUGAUAGGCGUGCUCUCCCUACAUACCCCCCUCAUCACUGUGAUGGAGGAACUGGAGCACAGGGACCUGCUGGGGUUCCUAUGGAGGUGUCGACAGGACACAGGUGGGGAGUCCCCAUGCGACAUCACAGAGAAGCACAUCUUCACCAUGGGAGGACAAGUGGCUUCUGCUCUGGAAUACCUGCAUGGUCAGAGCUGUAUCCAUGGCAACGUUGGAGCUCGGAGCGUGUUGGUUGGCAGAGACCUGACGGCUAAACUGUGGGGAUUGGGUCCAGCAUACCGCAGGAAAACACAAGCAGGAACUCCAGGAGAGCUGGAGAACACUGAGACGAGGAAGUGGCAGGCUCCAGAAGUAUUGGCAAGGAGACUUGUCAGUCAAAGCAGUGACGUCUGGUCUUUUGGUAUCCUGCUCCAUGAAAUGGUGACACUAGGUGACCCACCAUUCCCUAAAGUCAUGGCCAAUGACCUUCUUCAAUACCUCCAAAGGGGAAAGACUCAGAAGAGACCAGCUAAUUGUUCUAACUCACUGUAUUCCAUAAUCAAGUCCUGUGGCCAGUACGCUCCACACGAGCGCCCUGCAUUGGCUGAGGUGAUCCGGAAGCUUCAAUCAGGAGAGAAGAGUGCCAACAAUAGGCCAGUUCUUCGAGUGCCUGGGCCACUGGACAUUGAGAAGUACCUGCACGAGGCGGGAUAUGGAGAGGCCUACAAUUACACUGUUCUCUGACUGGCUCCUGGGCUUCUUGUUUAAAUCAAGGUCUUAAAUGCAGUGUCGCUUUUUCACAUUAUCGUGAAGACUGCUGGAUGAGCGUUUCAAAUGUCAAAACACUAAAUCUUGUUUAUCUUUAGGUGCCAUACUAUCCUCAAUACAAUGUGAGAGACUGAAGAAACACUCAGGUAUCAGGACAUAACUAUACUGAACAAAAAUAUAAACGCAACAUGCUACAAUUUCAACGAUUUUACUGAGUUACAGUUCAUAUAAGGAUAUCAGUCAAUUGAAAUGAAUUAAUUAGGCCCUAAUCUAUGGAUUUCACAUCCCUUGGCAAGGGGCACAGACAUGGAUGGGCCUGGGAGGGCAUAGGACCACCCACUAGGGAGCCAGGCCCAGCCAAUCAUAAUGAGUUUUUCCCCAUAGAAGGGCUUUAUUACAGACAGAAAUAAUCCUCAGUUUCAUCAGCUGUCUGGGUGGCUGGUCUCAGAUGAUCCCGCAGGUGAACAGGCCAGAUGUGGAGGUCCUGGGCUGGCG